AUGUCGUCCGACGAUGAGCAGGGACUGGGCGAUUUGUUUGCCGCGGACGACCAGGCAACGGAGGUGGUGUGCCCCAUCGAAGAGGUCGUCGUGGACCGCGUGCAGUUGAGUCGCGAAGGCACAACAAACACGGGUUUCACGACGCGUGUUGAGUGCUUUGAUCGUGAGGCGCCUGCGGGGCGGCGGUGUCUUGCACCGCUGCGGGUGUACAUCCGUCACAAACGGCACAGCUUGUGGGGCCACAGGCUGUGGAAUGCCGCGAAGUACCUGGUGAAGCGGAUGGACAGCCGCAUGAUUGACGUGCGCGGGAAGACGGUGCUGGAGCUCGGCGCCGGCCUGGGUGUUCCGUCGCUCGCCGCGUUCCGAAACGGCGCCCGGUGCGUGGUGGUGACCGACUACCCAGACCCGGACAUCUUGGAGAUACUCGAGAUGAACGUGCAGGCAAACUGCACCCCGGACAUGCUUGACGUCGAUGCCGCGGCGUUUCUCUUACAAGAGGCGGAGCGGCUAAAACUCGUCCGAGCGCCCGGCACAAGUGGGGAGAAGUCGUUAUCCGAGACGGAGCGUCAGCAGGCGCUAAACACGCGUUGCGUGGUGGAGCCUCUGCUCUGGGGCAAGGAGGAACAGACUCGCAAGGCGCUGUCGUACACAGGUGGGGGCGGCUUUGAAAUUGUGCUGCUCUCUGAUAUUCUCUUUAACCACAUCUGCAACGAUGACCUGGCGGACACGCUUGUACGUUUACUGCAGCGCAGCCAACACGCCGCCGCCUACUGCGUCUUCUCCCACCACCGCGCGCACAAGCAGGUGGAGGACCUGGAGUUUUUUGACAAGUGCGUAGCACGUGGACUGCGCUGUGAGCAGGUGGACGAGGAGAGUUACCCCAUGAUGUUCCCCGACGACCGCGGUCCGGUGGAAAUUCGGCAGCCAGUCAAGGCAUAUAAAAUUGUGCACCGCUUCGAUGACGCGGGGACUGCGCUUGCGCUCGGAAACGACGCGUUUGACGUUGUCAUCCAAGGGACGGGGAUGGUGCAGUCGAUGGUGUCAGCAGCGCUCGCUCGCAGUGGUGUUCGUGUGCUGCACUGCGACGGCGAGGACGACUACGGCGGCGCCUUCAAGACAAUGACGGUGGAGCGGCUACGGGCGUACAUCACGGGUGCCGCCGCGGUAUUUCCGGAAGACAUCGACGAUGACUGUGGCGCAAAGUGCAGUCGCGAGCAACGCCCCCCACUCUGCCGAGCAGUCAUUGCGGUGGAUCGUAUGGACGAGCUUGAGCUGCGCGAGCGGCAUCGCUACCUGCUGGAUCUGCUUCCAACACAUUACCUCGCCAACGGGGAAACGGCGCAGCAGCUUAUUUCCUCUGACAUGGCGCGUCACAUGGAGUUUCAGUGUUUUAGUGGCUUUUUUUUUAUGGUCUGCUCGAGCGAGGGCACGGUGCGACUGCAAAGCGUCCCACUGACGCGCGCGCAGGUGUUUGCCGCUACGCAUGUGAGCCUGCUACAGAAACGCCGGGUGAUGAAGUUUGUCAAGGACAUGGAGGCGUCCCUCGCAGAGCAGCUACAUGCACGUACCGCAGACGUUGGGGAUGAUCCACUUUCGCAGGCUGCUCAGGAGAAAGCCCGCAUUGCUUUUGAGGAGGCCAAACGCCUCUUUGCACAGGAAGCCGCCAUACAUCCUGAAGAAACGUUAAGUACGAUGAUUGAACGCAAGUAUGGCAUUAACGGAGUCGCGCUUGACACAGUGACACUCAUGCGACAACUUGAUGCUAGGCCCGGACAGCUGGUGCACUCUUUGGAGUUGGUACGGCAGGUGCUUAAAUCCACCGGAGCCUUUGGUGGUGUGACCCCUUUCCUGCUGCCCGCCUACGGCAGCAGUGAGAUGCCACAGAACAUGUGUCGCAUUGCCGCCGUAUGGGAUGCCACUUUUGUGUUGCGGCGUAGUUUACUUUUACCCUGUCAUCAUCGUCGUCGGGAACUACAAGCCGUGGGCAAUAGCACCGCCCCAUCGGUUGAGAUGAGCAACCGCCAGCGUGUCAAGGCUAAGGUGGUGGUGGUGCCCCGCACACUGGCGCGUGCGUUUGGGGUCUCGUCGUCUUCGCAGGAUCCUGCCACGACGCCCACGGUGAGGGAGGAUGCCGAUAAGAGCCAUCAUGAUAACAACAGCAGUGAGGAGGUGCGGUUCUCUCGGGUCAUUAUGGUUGCAAAGACACCACUUGUGUCAUGGGCUGCGCUGCGUGCCGCCGGUUGCAUAGAUGGGGCGAGGGUUGGGGGAGACGACAGGGGGGAGGCCUUUCCGCCGGCCUUCCUUGCCCUCUGCGAGGUGCGGUCGGGUGUGGUGGUGCAUGUCCAGCAGGUGAGCGCCGUCUCGGAACAGGCGCCGAACGAUGGCGGCUCUGUCGUCGUGCACUUCACCGCCAAUGAGUGGGAAAUGGACGCGGAGGAAUUGCGCCAGUUCGUUGUGCGUACGUUUGUGCGGCAAGAUCCCAAGCCGGAGGCGGCAGUUGCCUCUCAGGUGCAUGAGUCUGAGCUGCUUUUCCUGGCCUCCUUCACGGUGAGGGAGGCAGAGGAGGCGCUGCGCGGUCUUCUCCGUCCCGCCGCAGAGGAGGACGGAGACGCCAGCGAGACCCGCAAGGCCCAUCCGUACGCCGUGGAGGAGUACCGCAAACGCCUGCAACAACAACAACAACAACAACGGCAGAUGUGUGGAGGGGAGAUGUCGGAGGGCGAUGACGUGUCUCCGCUCAUUGUGCCGGUGCCGACACUCUUCCAGAACCCCAUCGACGACGGCGCCUAUCUGAGGGCUGCGCAGCGGGCGUACGACGAGGUGGUGAGAAGGCUGCAGCUGUCGGAGGGCGACGGCAAACAGUACAUCUUUUUCGAACGACUGCCGCCCGUUCCCGGGCAGAAUGUGUGCGUGUGUGAUAAUAUGCCUUUAAGCAACUGA